UACCAGAGUCAGAGGGAGCGCGCUUGACUGAAGCACGCGCCAGGCAGUGAUGUGUCGCAGAUUUUUAAAACUCAGAAAGAGAACCUAAAAUACCGCUCAACUAUCUAAUACUUGCAUGUGAGUACGUGAUAAAGACUCCAAGAAUAGAACAUGUUUGUAGAGUAGGUAAAAAGCUUGUUUUAGCCGCUGCAGUGAGUUGGGGGAUUUGUCUUGGAAAGAACGAGAAACAAUCCGCGUUCCCUGUUUUGAGCGUGCGACUAGCAGCCUAGGAGCGAUGGAACUGUCAUCUAUAGGCGAACAAGUGUUUGCAGUUGAAUCAAUAACCAAGAAGAGAGUCAGAAAGGGUAAUGUGGAAUACUUAUUGAAGUGGCAGGGAUGGCCACCAAAUACACUGACAGGAGAACUGGCAACCACCGUACGCCAUUUGGUGCAUUUUCGUAAUGUGAAGAGUCCGUCCAGAUCCAGCGUUAAUCCGAUUCCGCACGCAUCUAAAACUGAAGGGUACAGCACCUGGGAACCAGAGGACCACAUACUGGACCCACGCCUGGUGCUGGCUUAUGAAGAGAAGGAGGAGAAGGACCGAGCCCUGGCAUACCGCAGGAAAGGACUCAGACCACGGAGACUCGUCUUGCGGUCUUCUCUUCUCCUACAGAAUAUCUAUGCCAUGGACCUCCGUAGUGCACACAAAGUCCCAGAUACCCCUCGUCUGCGCCUCUCCCUUACCCGCUCCAUGGGCUCUGAGCUGGACCAGGGCAGUCUGCCAUACAGGGCGGGGGAGGGAGGGAGCGUCUACCGCCGCCUGGCAAGACGCAAGAACAAGCAGAGGGUGUCCAAACCUGUGUCUGACAACAAUUCCCUCCAACCACUGACCCGCAUACAGGACCCCAUGGAGCAUGAAUGGCAAGGCGCAGAGGAGAGACCGGAAUCAGAGUUAACAACAGACACACGGCAUAGCCGGUCAGAGUGCAGCUCUCCCAUGAUGGAGCAGGAAGUGGAGGAGCCGACUGACAGAGUGGAGAGUUGUGGUUCUGCACUGGGCUCUGGAGAUGAGACAUUGGGGGGCGGGGCCUUGUUGAGGGUGACAGGGGCAUGGUACAGGUCAGAGGGUAGGAACUCUGAAACUGGACAGGAACAUAUAGAUAGGACUGACCAAUCAGAGAGCUGUGUUUCUGCAGAGGGACCAAAAGACAACAUUAGCAAUAGGUUGGUGGACAGUGACACAGAAGUGGAAUUGGGGACAGAUACCUUGAUUGACAUGGUAGAAAGGUUAGGCACAGCUAAUGUUAUUGAGAGGGUAGAGGGGUUGGGGACAGAUUAUUUUAUUGACAGGGUAGAGGAGAUGGGGGGACAUAUUCUGAUUGACAGGGAUAGCACUUCAGUGGUGGAUGUUGGAGAUGAAACCGUGGCUGAUGGUUCUGUGGUCUGUACCGAUGUUGAGGUUGCAGAGGAAGUGGUGGAGAAUUACACAAAACAGCAAGGUGAAGAGGUUGUGACACAGUGUCCAGACAGUAGUGGCGCAGAAGUGAAUCCUGGCAAAGUGAUUGUGACCGAUGUGACUAUCAACUCUUUGACCGUAACUUUCAAAGAGGCCCUGGCAGCUGAAGGGUUUUUUAAGAGCUGAAGGACAGAGUUCUGAGAGAGGAUUAGAGAACAUGUUAGGGGGUUAUACAUGAAAUGCAGCCCAUAUGUUGAAUUUACCACUUCGGAACAUGUUUAGAUAAACAGCCACAAUAUAAUUUGUCAUUAAAGAUGUUUACAAAGCCUAUGAAAAUAUAUUGAUACCAAUUACUAGGGUUUUGGUGAGGUAUUGUACCUUAGAGAAUUGGGUGGUAAUUUUCACAUUGUGUUUGGUUCUGGAAGAAGAUUAGUAAGAGAGGAUGAGGGAGAGAGCAGUUGACUCCUGAAUGUCAUAUUUAUAACAUUACUACUUCUCCAACGUCUCUUAUUCCAGGAGGCUCAUUUCGGUUGCUCUUUUUUCUAACGCUUUUGUAUUGUCGUCUGUCUUCCUCAGUAUUAACAGUAAGUUCUGCAUGUCCUGUAUGUCAUGCACACCCUUGUCCUCCAUUCGAUUUGUUAGUUUGAUUUCUAUAACAAAGAAAUAGAAAGGAGAGAAGGAAUGCCUGGAGGGAUAGAAGUUUAGCGUUGAAGUAUUGUUUUUCUUUAUUUUACUUCUCAAAUUUAAAGAGCCUACCUGAAUCUAUUUUUGUAUUACCAUUUGAUAGUCCACCCCUCUUGCUAAGCCUUUGUGCAUUUCUAAAGAGGGGAUAUCAAUUUACACCACUCAUUCCCAAAUGUGUUUUUUAGGUCUCAUUUCAUUUACUCCUUUUUCUAACGCUUUUGUAUAAAGUCAACUGUCUUCCUCAGUAUUUACAGUAAGUUCUGCAUGUCUCAUGUCAAUCACGCACAGCCUUGUCCUUCAUUUCAUUUAAUAUGUUUAUUUCUAUGACAAAAAUAGAAAGGAAAGAAGGAAUUCCUAAAAGGAUAGAAGUUCAGCAUUUCAAGAUGAAGGCUGGCUACGUUGAAGUAUUGUUUUUACUUCCAGGUAAAACAAAACAAAAAGGCAUAUUCUUGUAUUACCAAUUGAUAGUCCACCCCUCUCACGAAGCCUUUGUGCAUUUCUAAAGAGGAGAUAUCAGUUUACACCAUUGUUGCAGUAGGAAAUGUGCAAAUUGAAGCAAAUGUUCUCGGUUGUAUUUAUCGCAUGUCACAUGUAAAAGCUAAAUGAAAUGUCACGUGUUGAAAAAUGUAUCUUUGGUCACAAUGACAUGUCAAAUGUCUUCUCUAUACCAUAUGCCUAGAAAUACAGUGUAAAAUCUACUUGUGUUUGAGAUUCAUAUAACAGGAUGGAUAUUACCUCAACAUUUUAGCAUGGAAUAAAACAUGUUAGCAGUAACAGAAGUGUCCUCACUGGUCCAUUUUAGCAGCCGUUUUGGAAAUGCAUUUGCAGCAACUUUUGCCUCUUAUCACCACUAGGGGUCAGUCUCCUUAGGGAACCAAGUACAGUGGGGAGGACAAGUAUUUGAUACACUGCCGAUUUUGCAGCGCAUACUUACAAAGCAUGUAGAGGUUUGUAAUUUUUAUCAUAGGUACACCUCAACUGUGAGACGAAAUCUAAAACAAAAAUCCAGAAAAUAGCAUUGUGUGAUUUUUAAGUAAUUAAUUUGCAUUUUAUUGCAUGACAUAUGUAUUUGAUACAUCAGAAAAGCAGAACUUAAUAUUUGGUACAGAAACCUUUGUUUGCAAUUACAGAGAUCAUACGUUUCCUGUAGUUCUUGACCAGGUUUGCACACACUGCAGCAGGGAUUUUGGCCCACUCCUCCAUACAGACCUUCUCCAGAUCCUUCAGGUUUCGGGGCUGUCACUGGGCAAUACAGACUUUCAGCUCCCUCCAAAGAUUUUCUAUUGGGUUCAGGUCUGAAGACUGGCUAGGCCACUCCAGGACCUUGAGAUGCUUCUUACAGAGCCACUCCUUAGUUGCCCUGGCUGUGUGUUUCAGGUCGUUGCCAUGCUGGAAGACCCAGCCACGACCAAUCUUCAAUGCUCUUACUGAGGGAAGGAGGUUGUUGGCCAAGAUCUCGCGAUACAUGGCCCCAUCCAUCCUCCCCUCAAUACGAUGUAGUCGUCCUGUCCCCUUUGCAGAAAAGCAUCCCCAAAGAAUGAUGUUUCCACCUCCAUGCUUCACGGUUGGGAUGGUGUUCUUGGGGUUCUACUCAUCCUUCCAAACACAGCGAGUGGAGUUUAGACCAAAAAGCUCUAUUUUUGUCUCAUCAGACCUUCUCCCAUUCCUCCUCUGGAUCAUCCAGAUGGUCAUUGGCAAACUUCAGACGGGCCUGGACAUGCACUGGCUUGAGCAGGGGGACCUUGCGUGCGCUGCAGGAUUUUAAUCGAGGACGGCGUAGUGUGUUACUAAUGGUUUUCUUUGAGACUGUGGUCCCAGCUCUCUUCAGGUCAUUGAUUACUGCCGUGUAGUUCUGGGCUGAUCUCUCACCUUCCUCAUUGAUGCCCCAAGAGGUGAGAUCUUGCAUGGAGCCCCACAGCUCCCUGGUCUUGGCCAUUGUGGAGAUGUUAGAGUCUGUUUGAUUGAGUGUGUGGACAGGUGUCUUUUAUACAGGUAAUGAGUGGAGAACAGGAGGGCUUCUUAAAGAAAAACUAACAGCUCUGUGAGAGCCGGAAUUCUUACUGGUUGUCAGGUGAUCAAAUACUUAUGUCAUGCAAUAAAAUGCUAAUUAAUUAAAAAUCAUACAAUGUGAUUUUCUGAAUUUUUGUUUUAGAUUCCAUCUCUCACAGUUGAAGUGUACCUAUGAUAAAUAUUACAGACCUCUACAUGCUUUGUUAGUAGGAAAACCUGCAAAAUCGGCAGUGUAUCAAAUACUUGUUCUCCCCACCCCAAAAUAACAUGCACUCUUAAUUUGACUAGCUACAAGAAAAAAAUAUUCAGCACAUUUCAUUUUCAUUUUAUUAUAAAAAACAGUAUUUGAGUCCACAGUUCUUUGUACAGUAAAAAAUAUUAAAUUAAACUCUCAAAGUUCUGAGCAGAAAGGUAAAUUGGGGUUGGGAGUAGAGACAGCAAUUAUUCUGGGGCAGGAGAAGGGGACCAGUGCAUUGGGCUCUUGAGCUGCUGGGGUUAAGUCCAGAGGGAAAAGUAAGGGUGAGGCAGAGUGUGACUGGUCACAACUCCCCCCUUCCUCAGUUCUAUGCAGCACAGUUCAUUUGGAUCCAUUCCCUCUGUUUUACAAGAACCGUAAUGUCCUCUGCACUGGCGGACCUCCCCCAUACCUCAUGUACUCUAAACUUUACAGGCAUAUAGGUAUGUGCCCCCACCUCCAAUACUAAGUGUCUUACAGGAGUGCUCACACAUGAGGGUGAGGGAGGGCAUGUGUGGUCAGUGAGAGGGAUGGCCCUUCCGGUAUUGAUGUCCAAUGGCUAGGCAUUUCAAAUGUAGUCUCCAUUGGCCACUGAAACUUGCAGCAGG